AGAGCACACAAUAAGUGUAUUUUAUUUACUAAAAAAAAGAAGGUCUUUUCUAUCUUCUGCAAGUUGUUUCUAUUUAUGUGACUACUGUCAUUACGUGCCUUGCUUAAACUCAAUCAUUGCCAGAAUCUGAUAUUUGUGCGGUCCCACUAAAUAUCAUGAACAGUACUACUCCUAUCUGUACGCCGUUGAGAGUAGUGAGGAAGGGUUCAUGGACUGAAGAUGAAGAUUUUCUUUUGAGAAAAUGCAUUCAAAAGUACGGUGAAGGAAAGUGGCAUCUUGUUCCUGCUAGAUCUGGUCUGAAUAGAUGUAGGAAGAGUUGCAGACUGAGGUGGCUGAAUUAUCUAAGGCCACAUAUCAAGAGAGGCGAUUUCUCUUCUGAUGAAACAGAUCUCUUGUUGAGGCUUCAUAAGCUUCUAGGCAACAGAUGGUCACUUAUUGCUGGUAGACUUCCGGGAAGAACAGCAAACGAUGUCAAGAACUACUGGAACACUCACUUCCAAAAGAAGUUAAAUACUGUUGCUCCUCUUCCUCAACGAAAGAUACACAAUAACGGCAGAGUCAUUACGAAAAAUGAAAUAAUAAAACCUCAACCUAGGAACUUCUCAAGUGCUAAGAAGAAUGUCCCUUAUUUGUUCACCAACAAAAGUAUCACAAACACAGUAGACAAAGAUGAAGGCAAAAAAGAAAUAAUAAGGACUAGUACUAGUGAUCAUCAGAAGCAAACUUCAGAAGCAUCGACAGAUAACGGAUAUCAAUGGUGGGCAAGUUUACUGGAAAAUUGCAAUGAAAUUGAGGAAGCAGUAGCUGAUGAUACAACACCGACAAUUUUGUUGCAUGAGGAAAAAACACCACCGUUAAAUGGUGGAGCCAACUGUAUGCUAAAAGGACAAAGUGAUGGUUGGGAUGACUUUUCUGUUGAUAUUGACAUAUGGAGUCUACUUAAUUAGCUGAGGUUAAUUUUAUCACCAUUAUUAAAGAGAUAUGUAAUGGCAUUUAUUGUAAACUUGUAAUAGGGAUACAUCGUUGUUUAUACUUUGUACCCCAACUGCAGUCUGCAAGUUGAAGUUGUUGGGAAAAUAAUUAUGAAUAUUCUAGAAUUAUUAAAUUCAUGCA